AAGACACAUCAUGACUCUGGAAGGCCCAUGUUGGGCAAGGAGAGGAUUUGGAGCCUUCUUUACAGCCCGUGGUCCUCCAGCUCGGAUUCUGCUGGCCUUGGUGGUUCUACUGUGCAUGGAAAAUGGCCAAGGCCACUGGGAUGAGACCCUGGAAUCUGCAAGUCCAGGUCAUGUGAGAAGACGAGGCAGGCCUGCCAUCAUUUUGCAGGGGCCUAAUGUAUGUGGUUCCCGCUUUCAUGCCUACUGCUGCCCUGGCUGGAGGACUCUGCCUGGCAGGAAUCAGUGUAUUGUGCCUGUCUGCAGGCACACCUGCGGCAAUGGCUUCUGCUCCCAGCCCAACCUGUGUACCUGUAUGGACGGGACCCUGGCCCCCAGCUGUGGAGUAAAGAGAGCAUCACUGGGGUGUAGCAUGAGCUGCAUGAAUGGGGGCAGCUGCCACGGGGAAUCCUGUCUCUGUCAGAAAGGCUACACAGGCGCUGUGUGUGGACAGCCUAUCUGUGUCCAUGGCUGCCGUAAUGGAGGACGCUGCAUCGGGCCAAACCUCUGCGCAUGUGUAUAUGGAUUCACAGGGCCUCAGUGUGAGAGAGACUACCAGAUGGGGCCGUGCUUCCCCCAAGUGAGACCUGAGGGGUGCCAGCGCCAGCUGACAGGUCUCAUGUGUACCAAAGCUCUCUGCUGUGCCACUGUGGGCCAUGCCUGGGGACUUCCCUGCCAGCUCUGCCCGGCACAGCCACACCCCUGCCGCCGAGGCUUUAUCCUAAAUGUUCACACAGGAGCCUGCCAAGAUGUGGAUGAGUGCCAAGUCAUCUCAGGCCUGUGCCUGGGUGGCAGCUGUCUCAAUACAGUGGGCUCCUUCGAGUGUCGCUGUCCUGCUGGACACCAGCUCAAUAUCAGAGGCACUGAAUGUGAAGAUCGCCGGGUGGGCACCUGCUUCUCGGUGCUUAUCAGGGGUCAGUGUGCUGCAGACCUCACUGGCCACUAUACUUACGGACAGUGCUGCUGUGACAAGGGCAGGUGCUGGGCGCCUGGUCCAUCACCAAAGCUGUGUCCCCCCCGGGGUUCUGGUGAAUUCCUGAGACUGUGUGCCCAAGGGCUCGCACUGCUGCCUGCCUAUGCAGACCUCUUCCCUGGACUCUCAGAAGUUGGAUCCAACAACCUGGGGCCUGCCCUGAGGCCAGCACAACACAACCCCCAUGGUUCCCGUGGGCAUGGAGUCCCCACACUGAUCUCUGGCAACUCCAACAACGAUGUGAGGUUGGGGCUGUGUUUCCUGCGUUGGGGUGGCGAAGACUGUGGAACUCCCCUGCCUGGCAAGUACCAGAUGGAUGUCUGUUGCUGCUCCAUCGGGACCUCAUGGGGAGCUGAAUGCAAGGUUUGCCCGGAGCCCAGCUCCCCAGAAUUCUUCAGCCUGUGUCCCCAAGGGCUGGGCUUUGCCAGCCAGGACUUCCUGUCUGGCCGACCCUUCUAUAAAGAUGUGAAUGAGUGCAAGGUGUUCCCUGACCUGUGCACACAUGGCACCUGCCACAAUUCCAUGGGCAGCUUCCACUGCUCCUGUGACAAAGGCUUUACCCUGGAUGCCCAAGAGAGGAACUGUACAGACAUCGAUGAAUGUCGGAUCUCCCCUGACCUCUGCGGCCAGGGUACCUGCGUCAACACCCCAGGCAGCUUCGAGUGUGAUUGUUUUCCUGGUUUCACUAGUGGCUCUUUACUGAUGAAGAACUGUGUGGAGGUGGAUGAAUGUGCCGGGGACCCGCUGCUCUGCCAGGGAGGCACAUGCGUCAACACGGAAGGGAGCUAUGAGUGCCACUGUCCCUCUGGACAUGAGCUGAAGGCCCAAGGCACUGCCUGUGAAGACAUCGAUGAAUGCACCAUGAGUGAGAGCCUCUGUCCCGAUGGCCAGUGCAUCAAUGUCAUUGGUGCUUUCCGUUGCUCCUGCCACACUGGCUUCCAGAGCACUCCUGAUGGCCAGGGCUGCGUGGAUGUGGAUGAAUGUGAAGACAACCUAGGCAUCUGUGGAGAAGGCCAGUGUACCAACAUGCCAGGAUCUUACCAUUGCAUGUGUUAUGACGGCUUCUCAGCCUCACCAGACAUGAAGAUUUGUGUAGAUUUGAAUGAGUGUGACAUGAACCCCUACCUCUGUCUCCACGGGAACUGUGAGAACACAAAAGGAUCCUUUACCUGCCACUGCCAUCUAGGCUAUGUCAUCAGGGAGGGAGCCACAGGCUGCUCCGAUGUGGACGAAUGUGAGUUUAGGAGACACAGCUGUGACAGGCACGCCUCCUGUGUCAACAUCCCUGGGAGUUUCAGCUGUAGGUGCCACCCAGGCUGGGGUGGGGACGGCUUCAAAUGCCACGACCUGGACGAAUGUGCCAUCCAACAGCAUCGUUGUGACCCAAAUGCCAACUGCCUCAAUACCGUGGGCUCUUACCACUGCACCUGCCAACCAGGAUUUGUUGGAGAUGGCUUAUUCUGUGAAGACAAGGAUGAAUGCAUGGAGAACAUGGGCCUCUGUGAGAACGGACAGUGCCUCAAUGUACCUGGCGGGUACCACUGUGAAUGUGAUAUGGGCUUCAACCUUACCAAGAACCAGCUGGCCUGCUGGGAUAUGGACGAGUGUGCUCUUGGGAACUUGUGCAUGUUUGGGAACUGUGAAAACCUGCCUGGAAUGUUCCGCUGCAGCUGUGAUGAAGGCUAUGAGCUGGACCAAAGUGGAAGCAACUGCACAGAUGUUGAUGAGUGUGAAAAUCCUGCGAACUGUAUCAAUGGCCUGUGUGUUAACACCCCUGGCAGCUACCUCUGCAACUGCCCUCAGGACUUCCAGCUUAACCCCAGUGGAGUGGGCUGUGUUGACACCCUGGCCGGGAUCUGUUUCUUGGAAGUGCAGGACCGAGGUGACAGUGGCAUUUCCUGUAGUGCAGAGAUUGGAGCUGGUGUCAGCAGAGCGUCUUGUUGUUGUUCCCUGGGCCAAGCCUGGGGCCAUCCCUGCAAGCCGUGUCCAAUUGGCAACACCUCAGAGUAUAGGACCCUGUGCCCCGGGGGUAAGGGCUUCCGGCCCAAUCCCAUCACUGUGAUUCUGGAAGACAUCAACGAAUGCCAGGAGUUACCCAGACUAUGCCAGGGAGGCAACUGCACCAACACCUUCGGUACCUUCCAGUGUGAGUGCCCUCUUGGAUACAGCCUCAGUGAAGAUACCUGCACCUGUGAGGACAUUGACGAGUGUACCACCCUGGUGGGGCAAGUGUGUCAGCUUGGCCAAUGCCUCAACACAGCCGGUUCCUUCCACUGCCUCUGCCAAGAUGGCUUUGAGCUCACAGCUGACAAGAAGGACUGCAUGGAUAUCAACGAAUGUCUGAGCCUCCCAGGGACCUGCCUGCCAGGCACCUGUCAGAACUCGGAAGGCUCCUUCCAGUGCACCUGCCCCCCUGGCUUCCAGAUGCAGAGUGGCCAUUGUAUUGAUACUGACGAAUGCUUGGAGGAGCCCAGCCUCUGCUCUUUUGGCACCUGUACCAACAGUCCUGGGACCUUCCAGUGCCUCUGCCCGCCUGGCUUCGUCCUCUCUGACAGUGGACACUAUUGUUUCGACACUCGCCAGAGUUUUUGCUUCACCCAGUUUGAGGCCGGAAAGUGUUCAGUGCCCAAAGCUUUCAACACCACAAAGACCCAGUGCUGCUGCAGCAAGAACCCCGCCGAGGGGUGGGGGGACCCCUGUGAGCUGUGCCCUCAGAAUGACAGUGUUACUUUUCGGGAGCUCUGUCCCUUUGGCCAUGGGGCUGACCCAGGCCCAGAUGACUCCAGAAAAGAUGUGGAUGAGUGUGCAGAGAAUCCUGGCAUCUGCACUGGUGGCCUCUGUGUCAACACUGAUGGCUCCUUCCAUUGCGAGUGUCCCCUCGGCUACAGCCUGGACUUCAGCAGCACCACCUGCAUUGACACAGAUGAAUGCUCCAUUGAGAACCCCUGUGGGGAAGGCAUGUGCACCAACGUCUUUGGAGGUUUCAAGUGCACGUGUACUGAUGGCUUUGAGCCCGGCCCCAUGAUGACCUGUGAAGACAUUGACGAGUGCACCCUGAAUCCACUGCUCUGUGCUUUCCGCUGCCACAACACUGAGGGCUCCUACCUAUGCACCUGCCCAGCUGGCUACGCACUGAGGAAGGAUGGUGCCAUGUGCCAAGAUGUGGACGAGUGUACAGAUGGGUCUCAGGAUUGCCACACCCGAGGCAUGCUGUGCAAAAACCUCAUUGGCACUUACAUCUGCAUCUGCCCGCCUGGCAUGCAGCCCCAGCCCUCUGGGGAGGACUGCACAGAUGAGGACGAAUGCCAGGCCCAGUCCAGCCUCUGUGCCCACGGCCGCUGCAUCAACACAGUGGGAAGCUUCCGGUGUGAUUGUGAUGAGGGCUUCCAUCCCAGCUCCACCCUCACUGAGUGCCAUGAUAUCCGGCGGGGGUCCUGCUUCUCUGAGGUGCUGCAGGCCAUGUGCCAGAGUUGGUCAAGCAGUGGUGAGGCUGUGCCCAGAGCUGAGUGCUGCUGCGGGGGCGGCCGGGGCUGGGGCCCCCACUGUGAGCCCUGUCCCUUGCCUGGCACCUCCGCCCACAGGAAGCUCUGCCCCCAUGGCAAGGGCUAUAGCACCGAGGGUCAAGAUGUGGAUGAAUGUCACAUGUUUGCCGACCUGUGCCCCCAUGGCGAGUGCAUCAAUAGCAUUGGUUCCUUCCACUGUGACUGCCAAGCUGGGUAUACACCAGAUGCCACUGCCACUGCCUGCAUGGACGUGGACGAAUGCGGCCAGGACCCCAAGCCAUGUUCCUUCCUCUGCAAAAACACAGAGGGUACCUUUCUGUGCGCCUGCCCCCGUGGCUACCUGCUGGAGGAAGAUCUCAGGACCUGCAAAGACCUGGAUGAGUGCGCCUCCAGGCAACACAACUGCCAGUUCGUCUGUGUCAACACCGUGGGCGCCUUCGCCUGCCGCUGUCCCCCUGGCUUCACACAACACCAGCAGGCUUGUUUCGAUAAUGAUGAGUGCUUGGCCCAACCUGGCCUAUGCGGUACCCAUGGACACUGCCGAAAUACUCCAGGCAGCUUCUACUGUGAGUGUAAUAGAGGCUUCAUCCUGGACAGCUCUGGCCACAGCUGUGAAGAUGUAAACGAAUGUGACAGGCCCCACCGCUGCCAGUUUGGCUGUCAGAAUGAGCUGGGGGGCUACCGUUGCAGCUGUCCACAAGGCUUCACCCAGCAUGCCCAGUGGGCCCAGUGUGUGGAUGAAAAUGAGUGUGCCUUAUCACCCACAGCUUGUGGUAGUGCCUCUUGCUACAAUACACUUGGCAGUUUCCACUGUGUCUGCCCCUCUGGUUUCAAUUUCAACCAGGACCUUGGAGGCUGCCAGGAUGUGGAUGAGUGUGCCGAGCAAGGCAACCCCUGCAGCUAUGGUUGUGCCAACACACAUGGUGGCUUCUUGUGUGGCUGUCCCCAAGGCUACUUCCGGGCUGGACAAGGACACUGCAUCUCCAGCCCUGGGUUCAGCUCUGGAUCUCAGGCCACCCCAGAUGAGGAAGAAUUACUCUCGCCUGAAGCCUGCUAUGAAUGCAAGAUCAAUGGCCUCUCCCCUCAGGACCGACCAAGACGCAGCAUCCAAGGAGGUCAUCAGGUAAGCCUGGCCACCCUCGACACGGAAGUCCCCUUGACCUUGAGCCUGUACAUCUCACACCUUGGCCAAGUCAAGCACAUCUUAGAAUUUCGACCAGCUCUUGAGAGUCUGGGAGGCCAGAUCCGUUAUGUUAUUGCCAGAGGCAACAACCAAGGUUUCUUCUGCAUGAAUCACCUGGAUGGCUUCAGCUCCCUGCACCUGGGCCAUAGGAGACCAAGACGGGGGAAAUACCAGCUGGAGGUGGUGAGUGUAGCAGGAGCUCAGGGCCAACCAGGGCCAGCAAAGCGAGCCUUACGGCUAACAGUCCAAUUACAGCUGCUCUAGCAGAGCAGCUCAGUGCACCUACAGUUCCCAUGACAUCUGAAAGUGGAGAUUCUGGAACUGGCUAGAACUGAUCUCGAGGGCAAAAGCUGACCAAGUUGAACCUCAAAACUCAGGAAGAGUUACAUUACACUAUGACCUCAGAUGAACCCAGCCUGUGCAAGCCCACCAGGUGAUCCCAUCUGAGGUGGGGCAAUACCUCAAUCUCUCCUGGACUCAGCUAGAAGUCACGACACUCAGCCCUCCGCCCCACAGCCAGGGUCAGCAGGAGGGACCCCUGGUAUUCACUGCGUCUUGUCAUCCUCAAGCUUAAACUUCAAGACUGCACUAUGAUUCACCAAAGGUAUUGGUGGGACAUGGGAACAAGUGACUAGGGUGAGUGUGGGGGCCAGCCCUCAGAAUCAAAAUGGGAGCCUUGUCCCCCAUAUCUUGACUACCAGAUUCAUUCCCCAGAGCCUGGGCUCGGGUUCUAAAGAUCCUUUUCUAUUGAAACUGAAGAAAACAAUAAAGGACUUGGGGGUUGAA